UUAUUUGCUUGAUUGGGUCAUUAUGCAGGUAUUAAUACAGGUAUGAAUUAUAAUUCUGGAUAUGGAACUGGAACAUAUGGUUCUUAUGGUGGUGGCUAUGGAAGCGGAAGCACAUACGGAAGUGGUUUGUAUGGAAACAGUAUGUACAGAGGAGGUUAUGGUGGACUUGCAGGCGGUGGCAUGUAUGGUGGAGGAAUGUACAAUAGUGGGUAUGGUGGCUCAAUGGGAGGUUAUGGCAUGGGCGGUAUGGGCGGCAUGGGCGGCAUGGGCAUGGGACCCUAUGGGGACCAAGAUCCAAAUAAUCCAUAUGGUGCUCCACCUUCUCCACCAGGCUUUUGGGUCU